AUGGGAAUCAAGGCUGUGGUUGCUGGUGCUUCCGGAGGAAUUGGACAGCCAUUGUCCCUCCUUCUCAAGACUUCACCUCUUAUCAGCGAGUUGGCAUUGUACGAUGUCGUGAACACCCCAGGUGUCGCCGCUGAUCUUUCCCACAUCUCCUCCCCUGCCAAAAUCACUGGCUAUCUUCCCAAGGAUGAUGGCGCCAAGUUGGCAUUCAAAGAUGCAGACCUCAUUGUCAUCCCAGCUGGCAUUCCCCGCAAGCCAGGAAUGACUCGUGACGACCUGUUCAACAUCAACGCCGGUAUCGUCAAGGGCCUCAUCGAAGUGAUCGCUGAGGUUGCACCAAAAGCCUAUAUCCUCAUCAUCUCCAACCCAGUCAACUCGACCGUCCCCAUCGCCGCAGAAGUUCUCAAGGCCAAGGGAGUCUUCGACCCCAAGCGCCUCUUCGGUGUCACCACCCUCGAUGUCGUCCGCGCCGAGACAUUCGUUGCUGAGAUCAUUGGCACAAAGAACCCACAAGACCUGUACAUCCCAGUUAUUGGCGGUCACUCUGGAGAGACCAUCGUGCCUCUUUUCAGCCAGGCCAAGCCUGCCGUCAACAUCCCAGCCGAUAAGUUGCCAGAGCUGAUCAAGCGUGUGCAAUUCGGCGGUGACGAGGUCGUCAAGGCAAAGGAUGGAGCUGGAUCUGCUACCCUUUCCAUGGCAUAUGCUGGAUACCGCUUCGCCGAGGCCGUCCUCAAGGGUCUUUCAGGCGAGAAGGGCAUUGUCACCCCAACAUUCGUCUACCUGCCAGGUAUCCCAGGCGGUGAUGAGAUUGUCAAGGAGACCGGCUGCGAGUUCUUCUCCGUUCCAGUCGAGCUCGGCACUACCGGUGCCGAGAAGGCUUUGAACCCAUUGGCCAGCCUGAAUGAGGGCGAGAAGACCCUCCUCAAGGCCUGCGUGGAAGGACUUAAGGGCAACAUUGAGAAGGGUGUUACCUUUGCUCACAGCACACCUCAAAAGUAG